UUCUUUCUUAUUUUCAAGCAUGAGACCUCAGGAGUUUUACCGUAUUCUCUCUACGGACGAACGACUUUUGGAGUUCCUGCAGCAGGAGAGACUCAUGACGCCAAUCAGAGAGAGGAUUUGCCCUAUUUGCAACCGAGAACUUCGACUCAGAAUCAGGAAGAGAACCACGAUGACCGCCUUCAUAACUAGAUGCGACGGUUGCAAGAAUGAACAUUCUGCCCUGAAAGGUUCAUUUUUCGUCCAUGAGGACCAGAAUGGGAGGACUCAGCGCCGUAUGAGCCCAGGGAAGGUGCUGCAUCUACUGUUUCUUUGGAGCGAAGGAAAUGCAUGCCAGGAGGGACAACCGUGAUCGUAGCAACGAGGAAAACUGCGAUCCCCACAUGAAGACCAUCGAGGUGCGAUGCUUCGUGGUGGAAAAGAGGGAUCGAGAAACACUUUUCCCUAUCAUUUCCAGGAAUGUUGCUCCUGGAACACAGAUUUGGACUGAUGGGUGGGCAGCAUAUGCUGCUCUCCCGACAAUU